GAGCUUAUUGUGUGUGGUGGUGGUUCAAGAACAAGAAACACAACAGAGAAGCAAACUGCAUUUCCUUGGAGUUGCACAUGGAUGUGAAUCGUAAUGGUGAUGCUUUACACAGUUCCAGUGGUUGGUAUUAAUCUAAUAAUCCAAGAGCUUUUCAAAUGGUGUGUGCAUUUGUUGGAUAACCCUGAAAUUAUAAGUUAUAGCAGUAACUGGACUUAACACAGGUUAUAUUUUUUUGGACUGAUGAGUUCAACUAAUCAUUUUAAGCUUCUUUGCAGUCUGCUACUGCCUCCUAAUCUAAAUCAAGUUGUUAAUUGGCUGUGCACUUCCUUUCAGGCUUGACUUACAGUUCCAAUUCGCACAAUCUUGGUGUUGGCAUUCUUCCAAGUGUAAAAAUGAAAAGAGGCCACCCUUGCAAGUAUUCAUUUGCAUGUAAUCCUACUAUGGCACUGCCACAGCUUGUUGAUUGAUCCAUGCUGGUGACAUGCUUCAUCUACUUCCAUAGUUUGUUACUUCAUGUUUACAUGUGUGAAUAUGUAGGUCUGUGCAUAAAAUCUCGCCUUAUAUCUCAAUUGGCCAAUGCUUUUCCUCUUACGUCGAAUGAAACCUAGACUAGCAUAUCAUCAGUAAGCCAUAAAGACCAUAGAUAUCCUUGCUGCAGCUAAAAGUUAUUGUGUUAUACUAUAGAUUGCUACUUGAAUUUGGUUAAUACUGAAAUGAGAAAAUUGUUGUGGCUGCCCUCGAGCAAAGCAUGGAAAUCAAUACGUAUGUUCCACCGUUUCCCAGUUUACUUGUAGGGGUUUUGCUCUUCCCAUAUGCAAAGAUAGUAUUAGAUUAUUUGUUAGUCUCAUGUCUUAUAUUUUCUUGCCAUUGACAUGAUUGGCUCUUAGAUAGUGAAAUAGAACACCAGUAGGAAAAGGAAGGAAUAUUUUCUAUUGCUUUUGCACCGAGUUAUUUGCGCUAGAUUUGUUGGUCAUCAAAUGAUCUUUGCUGUUUGAGGAUAAUUGUCAAUGAACCUAGAAACUUCUGAGGAAUUUUGAAUUGUACACAAUUCAAAUGAGUUCUCUGAUGUGGAAUCUAAUUGGCUUGAAGAAGGGUAGUAAUUCUGCAUGCUUAAACUUGGCAUGCAGUUCUUAAAACUUGAUUCAAAACAAUCAGCCAAUGGGGUGAUUUAUUUCUUUCUUGCUUCUUUGUUCUUUAUAUGCUUACUUAUUGAAUCUUCCUAUUGCGUUUAUUAAGUAAUGUAAUUUGAAGAAAGUUUUGCCCAGGGAGAAUUUCUCUUCCCUAGCAGCAAGGUGAUGAUGGAUCAGUUGAAAUCAGAGUUUUUUUUUCUUCAUUAGGUGAUGAUUUAUUUUAUGUUGUUUAAUCCCAAAGAAGGAGUGCCAGGGUUGUUGCAUUCAUAUGUCUCAUACGUUACAGCUCGCAGCCAAUUCUGAAGUGGGCACAAAACACUGAAAGAAGAUGUCAAACUCAACCUGCAACCUGAUUUCAAGGUAAUAUUUUCAUACAUUAAAGAUGGUUCUGCCUAUGAUAUAGAUCUUAAACUAUCCGACAGAGUCAUCAUUGAGAUAUUUGAAAAGGGGCAAUUUUGUUUGUAGUAGGUAGAUUUUUUGAAAAUUGGAGUAGAUGCUAAAUUGGUUUCCUUGGACGGGAGAGAAUAUAUAACAUGUGAUGAUUACACUGGAUUACAACAUGCCACACACUUGUUUGAUCAACAAUGAAAGUAUGCAGGUCCAUUCUUUCGUACCAGUUAUUAGGAAAAUGUCUAUAGGAACUAAUUUCGUGGGAAGAGACAUUGAAUUAAUUCACUAGCUACUUCAGAUCUACAUUUUUCAGACUCCUCAAAUUCUAAUCAACUUACUUACGUAUUAAAUUUGGGGUGGCCAAACAUUACCCCUUUUCCCCACACAUUUCAGUUUGCUAGAAGAAAGUUUUUUGUCUUCCACCCAAUAAUUGAAUAGUCUUUAAACUAAUCAAGCCAGCCAAAUCUGAACCUAAUCAAAGUAGGGGAAAUAAGAAAGCUGUUGAGUAACAUCAUCAUCACCAUAGCUGGUUCAUGGGAUCUCUAACUGUCUAAUUAAUUGGUUUAUAGGGAAAUUAGGUCCGGGUUGUAAGUCUAUAUAGGAAUUUAUUGUUCCUUAGGGUUAUAUAUGUCUUGGAGGGAAAUUUCGUUACUAUUUGUUAACUGUCUUUUUCACUACAGCCAUGAGUCUCGUGUAGGUUUCUAAACUAUAGAUAGUUCAGACGCUAAACUAUCCUAUUGAGUAUUGAUGUACACAUAAAUUUGUUAAAUCUCAAUUAGCCAAUAGCACAGGACAGGAUAGAUCCCACCACGCAACUGAAUAUUGAUAGUCUUUUCCUUUCUACUCUGUGUUUUUCCUCUGGCGGUUGUAUGAUGGGUUUUAUGGAAAGGUUUCAGCUUUCUGUCCAUUUUUAGUUCCACCCUCGUUUUUAAAGUUUCUGGGUUUCUCUUUACCCACAGCAUGCAUUUGUCUCUCUGCAUGUGUUCCUCUGUAUUUCGAAGGGGGACGAGGGAGCUUGUAUCUGUUGUUUCUGCUGCUGUGCACUGGUUCUUUCUUUCUGGUAGGAGUGUGUGGUUGUGUAAUAAAAGAUGGGUGCAAAUGCAAAGCUGCAGCAGCAGCAACUGAGCCAGUUCCAUAACCAUCACUUGCUGCAGGAGUAUGAGAAGCAAAUAGGCUCCAAGACAGCAUCUUUCUCGGUGCAGGCAUACAGGAAAUGGAUCCCCAAGGCAUUGGUGGGGUGGGUCAUGGUGACUUGCGGCAUUGCUUUGUGGCUUUACAGUUACAUGGACGAUGACGGCAGAUUAAGGAGGAAAGAACUGCUGCAGAGCAUGUGUGACCAAAGGGCCAGAAUGUUGCAGGAUCAGUUCAUUGCUAGCGUUAACCAUGUCCAUGCCCUUGCCAUUCUCAUUUCCACUUUCCAUUACUUCAAGAACCCUUCUGCCAUUGACCAGGAAAUGUUUGCUGAGUACACUGCAAGAACAGCAUUUGAACGGCCAUUGCUAACUGGGGUCGCCUAUUCAGAAAGGGUGCCCGAUUCUGAGAGGGAAGAAUUUGAGAGGAAAUAUGGCUGGACGAUCAAGACAAUGCAAAGGGAGGCUCCUCCCAUUCGGAAUGAGUAUGCACCAGUGAUAUUGUCUCAAGAAACUGUCUCUUACCUUCAGUCCAUUGACAUGAUGUCUGGGGAGGAGGACAGAGAAAACAUAGUGCGAGCUCGGUCUACAGGGAAAGCUGUGUUUACAGGGCCUUUCAGGCUACUUGGCUCCAAUCAUCUUGGUGUUGUGUUGACAUUUCCAGUUUACAAGCCCAAGCUUCCUUCAUCGUCCACAGUACAACAGCGAAUCGAAGCAACUGCAGGAUAUCUUGGGGGUUCAUUUGAUGUGGAGUCCCUAGUGGAGAACUUGCUUGGAAAACUAGCUGGGAAUCAAGCGAUUUUGGUGAAUGUUUAUGACGUGACCAACUCAUCGGAUCCAUUGAUCAUGUAUGGUCAUGAAGAUCAGGAAGGUGACACGUCACUUGUACUCGAGAGUAAACUUGAUUUUCAGGAUCCAUUUAGAAAGCAUAAGAUGGUUUGCAGAUACCACGAUAAUGCAUCGUGGAAUUGGUCAGCAAUCAUCACGACGGGAUUGUUCUGGAUGGUAGGUAUAUUAAUUGGAUACAUCUUUUACGGUGCAGGAAACCACAUUGUGAAAGUUGAGGAUGAGUUCAAUGAAAUGGAGGAGCUGAAAAGCAGAGCUGAAGCUGCUGAUAUUGCGAAAUCACAGUUUCUGGCUAUGGUAUCACAUGAAAUCAGAACGCCGAUGAAUGGUGUCCUUGGAAUGCUUGCCUUGCUCCUGGAUACUGAUCUUAGUUCAACUCAGAGAGACUAUGCUCAAACAGCACAAGCCUGUGGGCAGGCACUGAUAACUUUGAUAAAUGAGGUGCUGGACCGGGCCAAAAUCGAAGCUGGAAAGUUAGACCUGGAGACUGUCCCAUUUCACCUUCGAUCCCUAUUAGAUGACGUGCUUUCUUUGUUCUCUGAGAAGUCUAGGAACAAAAGCAUAGAGUUGGCUGUGUUUGUUUCGGAUAAUGUUCCGGAGUUGGUUGUUGGGGAUCCUGGAAGAUUCAGACAAGUCAUCACAAAUCUUGUUGGGAACUCAGUGAAGUUCACUGAACGAGGACAUAUUUUUCUUAGAGUUCAUCUAGAAGAGCACGCCAAGGCCGUCAAGAACUCAAAAUCCAACAUCAGUAGUCCUAUGGAUGGAGAGGAAUCCGAUUCCCGACAAUUCGGGACCUUAAGUGCUUUAGAGGCUGCCGAUGAGUGGAACAGCUGGGACACCUUCAAGUACUUCGUUGCUGAAGAAGGGUUCACAAUGAAAGAUUCAUCAAAUGGAGGAACAACUCAUGAAGAUGCAACUGGGAACCUUGUCACGUUGAGAGUGUGCGUGGAAGACACCGGGAUAGGAAUCCCUCUGCCGGCUCAGUACCGUGUUUUCAUGCCAUUUGUGCAGGCAGACAGUUCGACGUCGAGAACCUAUGGAGGAACGGGGAUUGGAUUGAGUAUCAGCAAGUCUUUGGUUGAACUCAUGGGCGGACAGAUAAAGUUUGUCAGCCGGCCUCGUGUUGGCAGUACUUUCACAUUCACAGCAGUUCUACAGAGGUACCAGGGAAAUGAUGUGAACAAUGCAGAGAAAAAACGAAAUGCUGAAGACCUGCCUUCGAGCUUUAGAGGACUGAAGGCGGUAAUAGUAGAUGCUAAACCGGUGAGGGCAGCUGUUACUCGGUAUCACCUUAAGAGGCUUGGCAUUGUAGUUGAAGUUGCUAGUAGCAUCAAGGUGGCAGCUACUAUGUUUGGGGAAAAUGAUACCCUUGCAGCCGGGAAGAACAGUCAGCCUGACAUAGUUCUUAUGGAGAAAGACGCAUGCUUCUCUGGGGAGGAACACGGUUCACCAGUAUGGCCGUCAGAUUGGAAACAGAAUGGAAAUAAGAAUAGUGUCCGAAAGUUUGCAAAGAUGAUCCUGAUAGCUACCAAUAUCAGCAACUGGGAAGUGGAGAGAGCUAAAGAAGCAGGGUUUGAAGACACUGUGAUCAUGAAGCCCUUGAGAGCAAGCAUGAUGGCUGCAUGUCUUCAUCAAGUUCUUGGAACGGGGAGGAAGAAGUCGCAAGGUAAAGGAUCGUCAAAUUACCUGCAGAGUAGUCUACUGUGUGGCAAGAAGAUUCUCGUGGUCGAUGACAACAGAGUGAACCAGAGAGUCGCUGCUGGGGCAUUGAAGAAGUUUGGGGCCAAUGUCGAAUGUGCUGACAGUGGCAAAGCUGCCCUUGAGCUGCUUCAGAUACCGCAUGGGUUCGAUGCUUGCUUCAUGGAUAUUCAGAUGCCUGAAAUGGAUGGGUUUGAGGCAACGCGACAGAUAAGGCAGAUGGAAGAGCAAGCGAAUGAGAAGUCGGGAGCAGAAGGUUCGAUCGUAGAAGACGGGGAGGAUGGAUGGCAUUUGCCGGUAUUAGCCAUGACCGCUGAUGUGGUACAGGCGACGUACGAGGAGUGCGUGAAAUGUGGGAUGGAUGGAUAUGUGUCGAAGCCAUUUGAGGAGCAGAAACUGCAUCAGGCAGUUGCCAAGUUCUUCCAAGAUAAGCCCAUUUCUAGGUCAUAAUCGGUCAACCAAAUUACAAAGGAGAACAGAUUUUGAUGAUUCUUUUGACGGGCAAUGUAGAUGCAUUGGUUUGCUAACCGGUUUCAUGUUAGGCCUUGCUAAUGCUAGGUGAAGGAAAACGAUAAUGAAUGGAGAAGGUAGAAACUAGAAAUUAUGUGCCCACCAUCUCGUCUCAUCUCAUUUCAUGUUUAUAUAGCAUAGGAGAUUUGAGGGGAUGAAUCGGCCAUCUAAAGUGAAAGAAAGGAUAUUGUCAAUC